UAUCAUUUCAAAUGUAUUUAAUAUUCUUGCGAGUUAGACCCUACCAUCUCGUGGUCUUAUUGCCAAAAACUAUAGAGUAAUGAUACUAAUAAUAUGUCAACGAUUUUCUGGUAAGGAGACGAGUUAAGAAGAGGUCAUCUCCACGAAUUUGACUGAGAACAAUACCAAAGCUGGUUUUGCUCGUCAAAGUAUCAAUUCUCGACUAUUCAUUUCAACGUCGCAUCAUCAAACACGUAUAUAUAAAUACCUACACCUACCAACAUGAAAAACCCACCACAACUUAAUUACCAAGUCCUGAAACAUCGAUCGAUUCUUCACAUUUACAUAUACACAUAUAAAAUCAAGAUCCACCAGAUAUACGUAGAAUGUCGCCGUCAAUGAUAGCGCUGGUGGUGGAAGAAGAGAACAAGAAAUACCAAAGAGGUGUGAAACAUCUUUGUGACAACGGUCUGACCGAAGUGCCAACCAAAUAUAUAUGGCCUGAACCUGACCGACCCAUCUUCACAAAACCCGACAAGCUCAUCGAACCAAAACAAAACCUAAAGCUACCCAUCAUAGAUGUCGCCGAGCUCCUUGGACCUAACCGGUCUCAUGUCCUACGAACCAUAGCCGAGGCCUGCGAAAACUAUGGAUUCUUCCAGGUGGUGAAUCAUGGAAUGGAGGGAGACGUGAGCAGGUAUAUGAUAGAAGUCUGUAAGAGAUUCUUUGAGCUUCCGUACGAGGAGAGAUCAAAGUACAUGACGUCGGACAUGUCGGCUCCAGUACGGUACGGCACGAGUUUUAACCAGAGCAAAGACAAUAUCUUUUGCUGGAGGGACUUCUUGAAACUCUCUGCACAUCCUCUCCCUGAUUAUUUUCCUUAUUGGCCUUCUUCUCCAUCCGAUUUCAGGAGUUUGGCGGCUAUUUACGCGAAAGAAACGAAAGAGAUGUUCGAUUUGAUGGUGAAAGCCAUAUUGGAGAGCCUUGAAAUCGACGGUGAGGGAGACAAGGCGGCCGAGGAGUUGAAAGAAGGUAGUCAGUUGGUGGUUGUGAACUGUUAUCCGCCGUGUCCACAGCCGGAGCUGACGCUGGGGAUGCCACCACACUCCGAUUACGGCUUCGUGACUCUUCUUCUGCAAGACGACGUUGAAGGGCUUCAGAUUAUGUACCGUGACGAAUGGGUCACUGUUGAUCCCAUUCCUGGCUCCUUUGUCGUCAACGUUGGUGAUCAUCUCGAGAUAUUUAGCAACGGGAGGUACAAAAGCGUGUUACAUAGGGUAUUGGUGAAUUCCACAAAGCCUAGGAUAUCAGUUGCGUCGCUGCAUAGCUUCCCUUUGACAUCCGUUGUGAAGCCCUCGCCGAAACUCACCGACGAGCAUAAUCCACCACAGUAUAUGGACACCGAUUUUGCCACUUUUCUUCAGUAUAUAUCUUCUCGAGAACCCAAGUGGAAGAAUUUUCUCGAAUCACGCAAGAUUCACCAUAUAAGAUGAACGAAAAAUAUGAUCAUCUUUCUUCUUGUAAUGUUAAUAAAGAUAAGGUGAAUUAGAUUAAUUGUGGUAUAGAUCUAAGUCAAGGUUAAAAGAUGAUAAAUAAUAUAAGUCUCUAGCUUUGUUUCAUAUAGGGGGUAACCUAAACCCAACCAAACCGGAACAAAAUGUCUCCUACAUUAAUCUCGAAUUACAUGUUCAACAUAAUCUUUCUUUUAACAGCACUUGUUGUGAUAAUCUAAGAAGUCGAAUAAGAAUUCCAGUUGAUUGAUUUGCUUAUA